AUGCUGAUCAAAGUCCGCACCCUCACUGGCAAGGAAAUCGAGCUGGACAUCGAGCCCGACUACAAGGUUGCCCGGAUAAAGGAGCGCGUCGAAGAAAAGGAGGGCAUCCCCCCCAGUCCAACAACGACUCAUCUUCGGCGGAAAGCAAAUGGCCGACGACAAGACAGCAUCCGAAUACAGCCUAACCGGCGGCGCAACUUUGCACCUUGUUCUCGCCCUGCGCGGUGGCCUGUGAACCUAGAGCCGUGA